ACCACUUUCAUUUGUCCGUCUCCGUCUUUUAGUCUGUCAACGCUUUUCUAUUUUGUCAUUUUUCUCUCUUCUUCUUACAUUCCUUUUCAAUUUCUUCUUUCUCCAGCUACUUUGGACUCUCGCCAUGUCUGCUCUUCUUCUUCUUCUUCUUCCUUGUUUCUCCAUUCGAUUUUAUCACAGCUUCUGCUAAUUUCGAAACCUGCUUAUGUCAUUUCUAAUUUCGCAUUAAUUUUUCUUUUCAUUUAAUUCCUCAGUCUACUUUCCUCUUUCGUCACUUUACUAUGACUGACCUACCAUAGUAAGAGUCAGAGAGAGAGAGAGAGAGACGAAAUAUAUUUUCUCAGUCCCGUUUCCCUUAUAUUCCUCUUUACGGGUCUCUCGUAUCGCCGAUCAAAUCCUCCUUACGAUUCGCAGCGCCGCCGUUAGAGAUAGAGAGAUUUGUUAAAAGUUAGGGUUUCGUUUCGAUUUUGUAAUCGAGAGGAGCAGAUAUGGUGAGGAAACACGGUUGGCAACUUCCCGCUCACAAAUUUCAGGUGAUUGCGAUUACAGUGUUCUGCUUGUUGGGUGUUGCUUAUUAUGCUUUCUUUGCUCCUUUCGUUGGAGGACGAAUCUGGGAGUAUAUUCUUCUCGGUGUUUACUCUCCUGUGGCUCUCGUUGUGUUCAUUCUCUAUGUUCGGUGUACUGCGAUCAAUCCUGCGGAUCCAGGAAUCAUGUCGAGGUUCGAGAGAGGCGCAAACGGAGGAAGUGACACGCGGCAUCAUGACUUAUCCGGCAAAGAUAUCUCGAGGAAGUUCGACGAAACGGGAAGCCACCACCUGCAGUCUUCUCCUUCGGUUGCCUCCAGGGCUUCUACUUUACCAGCAAACUCUAGCGUGAAAGGCUCUGUUGGAGAUGCUCAAAGAGUGGAACCUGUUGGGAAGAAAACUUGCUUUAAUCCUUUGGCGAUACUAUGCGGCGUGUUUGUUUACGAAGAUUGUCGCAAGAAAGAAGAGACGGAUGAACAGCAAGGAGACAGAGAAGAAGCUCUGUUUUGCACUUUGUGCAAUGCUGAGGUCCGUAAGUUUAGCAAGCAUUGUCGAAGUUGCGACAAGUGUGUGGAUUGUUUCGAUCAUCAUUGCCGGCUCCUUAUUGAAGCAGGAGUUGGAAUUGCAGUUAUAGUGCGUGUAUUUGUUAAUAAGAAGGAAAUGGAAACAGAAAUCGUCAAUAGACUCGGAAACGGGUUCUCUCGGGCACCUUUUGCUACGGUUGUUGGUCUCUGCACUGCUGUUUCCAUUCUGGCAUUGUUUCCACUCGGUGAACUUUUCUUUUUCCACAUGCUCCUCAUCAAAAAGGGCAUUACAACUUAUGAGUAUGUUGUGGCAAUGAGAGCAAUGAGCGAGGCUCCAGCUGGAGCUUCGGUUGAUGAGGAGAUGCCUAACAUUCUGUAUUCUCCUUCUGGAUCUGCCACGACCGGCUUUAGCGGUGGAAGCUCCCUCGGUCUACCGUACAAGGGAGCCUGGUGCACUCCUCCUAGAGUGUUUGUUGAUUAUCAGGAUGAAGUGAUUCCUCAUUUGGAUCCUGGAAUGGUUCCAUCGACCGUAGAUCCGGAUGCAGCUGAAUCAGCAGAGAGGGGCAGCAAGAUCCCAAAGAGACCUGUCAAAAUCAGUGCUUGGAAACUCGCAAAGCUGAAUUCAAACGAAGCUACAAGAGCAGCAGCCAGAGCAAGAGCGUCCUCAUCUGUCCUAAGACCGAUAGAAAACCGCCAUGCGCAAGACGACGAACUUAGUUCAAGUGGCACCAUCAGUGUCACCAGUAGUGUAAGCACAGAUGCAAAUGGGGCUGCGUUGAGUAAAGAGAUGAGAAGCAAUGAUCCAAGGUUGUCUCUCUCUCGAAACUCUCUUGCUCCAAGCCAAGGUAGCAGGGACGAGUACGAGACAGGGACACACAGUAUGAGCAGUUUCAGUAGUCCAAGCCAUGUCCACGAGGCCGUCACGCUUAGUCCUCUCCCACAUUCUCAUACAGCUGGCCACCGCUUCACUGCAGCGGCCUCGUCGAAUGGUCCACGACCACCUCUUAAUCCAGCAACCAAUCACAUGAUCCACUCGACCUUUGAUGAUAAGAUAAUGCAGAAAGGAAACAAUGUCGAUCCGUUGCUUCACUCUGCUCCUCCUGCAGCUUCUCUUCUGAGAGAUGUGAGAAGAACAUCAGUUGUUUGGGACCAAGAAGCAGGUAGAUACGUAUCAGUUCCUGCAACAACAUCUGAGGCAAAAACAAGAUUCUCCUCACAGAACCAGACUAUUCCUAGCGCACACACGGGUAACACUCAGAGACCAAGACCCGUUGUUCUUCCGCCUCAAGAUCCUUCAUCUGGGAGGGCUCCUCCUCCUCUUCAACCGCAGCAAGGAGAGAGACUUAUGUAUACAGGUGACUCCAUCUUCUUUGGAGGUCCUCUGGUAAAUAUCCCGAACAGAGAUAGUCUGAGAAACGACGGGGACUCAGGAAGAGAGGGACAAGACAGAAUGACAUUGACAUUGCCUCGGGAAGCUAGAUUCAGAAGAGACUCGGCCUCAAACCAGCUUCCAGUCUUUGCUCCUGUAGGUACCCGCAAGUAAAAAACCAUCACUGUUUCAAGUUCCUUGAUCUCGCCGGAUAGAAACUGACCCAGGAGAAAGACAGGUAGCUGCUUGAGGUUCAAAAUCCAUGGGAUUCGCUCAAAGGUUGCAGGAAAAUGUCCAGGAGUCGUACUAUUGUCUGAGACUCUGAGGAUUUGUGGUUUAGAGGUUUGGUUGAUGAGCUGAUGAGGUAGAGAGUAGAAUACUUUGUGAACAAUUCUUUCCACGGGUUGGGUCUUCUUACAUCAUUGCUUCGUAGCUCGCUUAAAAAAAAAACCAGUUUGUUGUAUGACUCCAUGAUUCUAACAUAUUGCUUUUAUGAUCAUUACUUUAAAGGACUAGCUUAGGUUCAAAGUUACAUCUUGGAUACCGCCUAUGACCUAUGUCCUUAUGUUAAUGCAUCCAAGGUUUGAUGCUAA